GUUUUGCAGAAGAUAGCAGAGCGGGGUCCGUGCUCCCCGCUAGUUUCUACUCAACAUGUAUAAAGUCAUCUCUUGUCUCACCGGCCGCCGCGCGGCUGUGUCCGGACAGUCCUGCUCUUGGUCCGGUUCGGCCAAAUUCCACUUGGCAGGCGGUGCAUCGUCUCAGAAAUCAGCCUUCAAGCAACCAACCGAAGACUUACCUGAGAUGCCGCCCUGCAAUUUCCGUCCAGAACAAUACAAGGGUAUGUCAAAAGAACGAAUGAUGGAGAUCCGCAAACGGAACUGCAGUCCCAUGACGAUGAAAGUCACCUACUAUAAGAAGCCGGUGUUCAUCCACCAGGGCUACAUGCAGUGGCUGUGGGACGUGGACGGGACCCGAUAUCUGGAUCUGUUCGCCGGUGUGGCGACUGUCAGCGUGGGGCACUGCCAUCCGAAAGUUACGGCCGCCGCAAAGCAGCAGCUGGACAAACUGUGGCACACCACCAACAUCUACGUCUAUCCCGCUCUGCAUGAGUAUUGUGAAAAGCUAGCCUCCUACUUUCCAGAUCCUCUCAAGGUGAUUUAUUUGACCAACAGCGGCUCUGAAGCCAAUGACCUGGCAAUGUUGAUGGCUCGGCUCUACACCGGAAACUUUGAUAUAAUCACCUUCAGAGGAUCAUAUCAUGGCGGCAGCCCUCAGACCAUGGGCCUUACUUCCAAUGCAGCAUACAAGUACCCUGUGGCCAACGGAUUGGGCUGCACAAAUACCAUGUGUCCUGAUGUGUUCAGGGGGCCAUGGGGAGGAAGCCACUGCAGGGACUCUCCUGUGCAGACCAUCAGAGACUGUGGCUGUGCGCCAGGUCAUUGCAUGGCAAACGACCGGUACAUUGAACAGCUCAAAGAGACGCUGGUUACCAGUGUCCCGAACAGAAUCGCUGCUUUCUUUGGAGAACCUAUCCAGGGUGUCGGGGGAGCUGUGCAGUACCCUAAAAACUUUCUUCAAGAUGCCUACAAACUCAUCAGAGAGAGGGGAGGGAUUUGCAUCGCUGACGAGGUCCAGACUGGAUUCGGCAGAACAGGAAACCACUUCUGGGGCUUUGAAGGACACGACGUCCUUCCUGACAUGGUCACAAUGGCAAAGGGGAUCGGCAACGGCUUCCCUAUGGGAGCUGUUGUUACCACACCAGAAAUCGCCGCCUCCUUUUCCAAAGGGGUUCACUUCAACACCUUCGGGGGGAAUCCCGUGGCUUGUGCCGUCGCUUCAUCGGUGCUUGAUACGAUCCGAGAAGACGGCACGCAGCGCAACAGUCUGGAAGUGGGCACCCACCUGAUGACCGAACUGGCGAAACUCAGAGACAAGUACGAGAUCAUCGGCGACGUCCGCGGCAAAGGCCUGCAGAUCGGCGUGGAAAUGGUCAAAGACAAGGCCAGCAGAGAGCCGCUGCCCGCUGACGCAAUGAACGAGAUCUUUGAAGACGUCAAGGACAUGGGAGUGCUGAUUGGAAAAGGAGGCUUGUAUGGACAGACUUUCCGCAUCAAACCUCCCAUGUGCAUCACAAGAGACGAUGCAGAUUUCUUCUUGGCCGUUUUUGAUAAGUCCCUCCACAACUACAUGGAAAAAAGAUGAAAUGUCAGACGGAUUGAUUAGUGUGAAGGAUGAACCUGGACACCAGCUCAGCUGCUUAUUGGACAUGUGAUCAUGUCAUCUACUUCUUUAAUGUGUUUUUUUUUUUUUAAUCUACACAAAGCAAAUGUGUUGUGAUCACAAUGACUUGAAACAUUUAACACACUUGAAUAAUUAUAAUAAGUGACAGAAAAUCCAUUGUACAGCUGAUAAAAUUUUUUUAGCACUUUCCAAUCUACUGAAUCUGUGUUAUCUUAAAUUUGUAUGUUAUUGUGUUUUGAUCCCAAUUAAAGAUGGUUUUCUGAAAACAGUGAAAUAAUAUCUAGUUGUCUUCAUACACUCAACAACAAUAUAUUUGUUUUUGCUCCCAUUUUUCAUGAGCUACAUGUAAAGAUCGAAGACUUUUUCUGUGUACACAAAAAUGUAAAAACACCA